AUGCCGAUCUUCCUAGUUCCAGUAACUUCACCAUGCGACGUUGAAGUCUGUCUUCUGCCUGUAAACAGCUUCAUCCAGUUGCCUACGCGACACAGAACUUGUUUUGGCCUCAUCGAGGAUGAUGGCGACGAUUUCAACUUAGACGAAAUUACUGAUAGUCACACCAUUCGAAGUUCCGAUCACCAUCAGCCACGCUUUGAUCCAACUAAGAGGGUCAAUAUCAUUUACAUAGCCUGUGGCUUGGUACACCAGCUUGCCUCGCCCAGUUUGACAAUAAAGACAGGUGAAUCGGAGGAUGCAGAAACAGUUCUAGCCAACAUCCUCUGCGAUGAAGCCAUCUUAAUCAUUGAGUCCGCAAUGUAA